AUACAGCCCUGUUUUGUGUAAAGUUGAUCACACUCAAAUAAUAAAGAACUCGUCAUUUCUGUGCAAAAUUUGGGCUGAAAUUAAUAUUUACCUGUGUCAACAACAAUACUUAUGUGCUAUUCCUAGCACUAGAUACGGUAAAUAGUGUAAAACAAAGCCCAGUGUUUGCGAAUAUUUAGAUUGUUUACUAUCCAAAUACACAAAGCAAUAGGCGUUGUAAAAGAAAACAAUAAAAACAACAACAACAAUAACAACAACAAUGGUUGGAAUUAUUGAUGAGGCGCAGCUGUUUUAUCCGCUGGGCACACGCAUCAAAAUAGGCAACAACUAUGGCACCGUCAAAUACGUGGGCGAGGUCAGCGGACACAUUGGCACCUGGCUGGGCAUUGAGUGGGAUGACGGGAUGCGUGGCAAGCACAAUGGCAUUGUCGAUGGCAAACGUUAUUUCCAAACGCAAAUGCCCACGGCGGGUAGUUUUAUACGGCCCGGCAAGCUUGGACCUUGCGCUACGCUGGAGGAUGAGGCACGCGAACGUUAUCUCAACUACAAUGCGAGCAAUGUGGAUGCAACGCUGAUACGCGAGGCCCAGGCAUCGUUGCAGGCAUCGCUCUUCGAGGUCGUUGGCAUGGAUAAGAUUGCGCGCAAGCAGAGCAAAUUCGAGCAGCUAACUGAGGUCUGUGUCGAUGAGACACCAGUGAAUGCGGCCGGCUACCUAAAGGAUCUGACUCAGCUAACAACACUGAAUUUGAGUCACACUCUCAUUUGGAACUGGGAAAUUGUGGCCAGCAUUACGCAACAGCUGCCCAGUCUCGAUAAUUUGAAUUUGAGCUCCAAUCGUCUGGUGUUGCCGACAGAGACACAAAUCGCUGAAUUGGCGCCGGCUUUUCGCAAUUUGAAGCAUAUAAAUUUGCGCAAUUGCGGACUUAGCGACUGGAAAGAUGUGAUGCAGACGGCGCUCUUGUGGCCGGACAUUGAGUCGCUGGGAUUGCAAGAGAAUGCACUGAGUCAAUUGGCUGUGGUCGAUUGUGAACGCAUCUUCCGUCAGUUGCGCGAACUCGACUUGCAUCGCACAAAGCUGAUGGAUUUCGAUCAGGUGGUCAAGUUGGGCAACAUUCGAACUCUGCGCUUGCUCAAUCUCAUGGAGAAUGGCAUUGAGCAGCUCCAGCUGCCGGACUGUGAGCCGCAAAGCAAACUUAAUAUAUUUGUGUCGCUGGAACAGCUCAAUUUGCUGCACAAUCCUAUAUGGAAUGAGGCUGAUGCAUUUAAUGAGCUGGAUAAGUUACCGCAAUUGAAACGUCUGAAUAAGACGCCGCAUUUGAAAUCGAAUUUCGAUGAAAUGUUUUCCAAGGCUGUGGCCAGCAUUGCGGGCCUCCAGUUUGUAAAUAAGGCAAAGGUAUCUCCCGAGGAGCGACGUGGCGCCGAAUAUGAUAUAUGGAAAAAAUAUGCAUUGGACUGGCUGCAGGCCAAUAAGCUGGGAGCCGAUGCUCGCCGUGAUUUCUACAAAAAACAUCGUACCUAUUUACUUAUCGUUAAUAAAUAUGGAUCUCCCGCUGAUUUUGUGCCGCUCAUUCAAGCCAAGCAAUCGAAUCUGAUUAAAGUGCGCAUACAAUAUCAGCAAACUGGUGAAGUUUGGGAGAAGAAGGUGCCGCGCAUGAUAACCGUGCAGACACUCCAGGGACUGAUCAUGAAGCGUUUCCGUAUUACCGGAGUGACGCCGACCCUCUGCUAUAUUGAUGCCAAACGGCCGGAGCUUGUGGUUCGCUUGGAGAACAGUGCCAAGACACUUGAUUUCUACUCGGUGCAGGAGCACGAUACUGUUUUGGUUGAAUAAUGCACCAUUCCCUUAAUUUUGGAAUUUUAUUGUGGUAUUUUAGCUGUAAACAAAAACAAAAUUAAAAAUGUAUGGCUUAUUAUGUGUUUACCUGCUAUGCAAUUUACAAAAUUAAUAAGUUUAAUAAUUUUAGAUGCCUAAGUUCAAAUUUUCACUAUCUAAUUAUAUUUAUAUGAAUUAA